AUCGGCGGCGGCGCUGCUGGAGAGUGCUGGCUCCUUUACACCCAGAUAGGGGGGAGAAAAAGACUGAAUAAAAGGAAACCGUGCCAGUGAGCCUGUUAUGACCACGAAAUCUCACGGAGGAGCCUAGAGCCGCCGCCAUUGGAUAGUUCCUCCGUGUUUCCUCAGUACUCCCAUGCGUUCCUCGCUGUGGAUUAUUGUGUUUGGCGCUGGGGCGGACGGAGUGGAUCAGGCCAUGGCCCUAACAGAUUGAAUAGCUCGGUGGUGUUGGUGGUGGUGGUGGUGGUGGAGCAGGAGGAGGGGGCUGGAGGCGAGACGCGCACCGUGGAGACAAUUUAUGGGGCAUUGUGCGGGGAGAAAAAUGGUGGAUUAUUUUCACUGUAUCAUAAAAACCUCCCCCCGUCUGGAUACCCUGCCAUAAGACGCCUGCCUUGGCCGUGUCUACUGUAACUCAGGUCGUGUUCUAGCGGUUGGUAGGUAGGUAAACCUUCCCCUCUCCAGCUCGAUCCGAACGACCUUAUCUAUUUGUAUUUUUUUAUAUACAUGAAGGAUUCGUGUAGCGGGUCGACGCCUUCGCCCUCCCCUCCCUAAGAGCAACAUUUGGAAACAAUAAACUGUUGGAUUACUGAACUAUGGAUUUCAACGGCGGCGGCGGCGGCGGGGGGGCCAACGAGCUGCACAACAACCAGUUUUAUCAGUGCGAGGAGAACAAGCCUCUGCUGGGGGAGAUGUCGGAGGGGAAUAAUAACAGCAAGCUGAGCGCAGGGCCGUGCAAGAGAAGCCUGCACCACUGCAGCAGCAGCGGGAUGCGAUACAAGCUGCUGCACGAGGGGGACAUCCAGGUAUGCGUGGUCAAACACCCCCGCACCUUCCUCAGCAAGAUCCUCACCUCCAAGUUCCUGCGGAGAUGGGAACCUCACCACCUCGCGCUCACAGACAGCAGCCUGACCUCGGCCACCCCCACUGGUUAUAUGGAGACGUCACUGUCCUACAGCUCUAUAGAGGACCUGCAGCUCCUCUCAUGGGACAACGCUCCAAAGUACUGUGUCCAGCUCAGCUUCCCUGGUGGAACCGUCCUGCUGCAGGCUGCAAACAGCUACUUAAGGGACCAGUGGUUUCACUCCCUGCAGUGGAAGAAAAAGAUCUACAAGUACCGCAAGGUCCUGAACAACCCGAGUCGCUGGGACGUGGUGCUGAAGGAGAUCCGAGCGCUGGUGGACAUGGCUCUGACCUCGCCGCUGCAGGACGAGUCCAUCCACCAGGCCCCUCUGCACAUCAUCUCCACCCUGCUGGCUGAGAACUCUAACCUCAGCCCUCAGGAUCAUGAGAACAUCAUUGUUGCCAUUGCUCCUCUUCUGGAAAACAACCACCCUCCACCUGACCUGUGCGAGUUCUUCUGUAAGCACUGUCGGGAGCGGCCGCGGUCCAUGGUCGUGAUUGAAGUGUUCACGCCCGUGGUCCAGAGAAUCCUCAAACAUAACAUGGAUUUUGGAAAGUGCCCUCGACUGCGUCUCUUCACUCAGGAGUACAUCCUGGCUCUCAACGAGCUGAAUGCUGGGAUGGAAGUUGUCAAGAAGUUCGUCCACAGCAUGCACGGGCCAACAGGGCAGUGCCCACACCCACGGGUCCUGCCAAACCUUGUGGCAGUUUGUCUCGCUGCGAUUUAUUCCUGUUAUGAGGAGUUCAUCAACAGUCGGGACAACUCCCCCAGCCUGAAGGAGAUCAGAAAUGGCUGCCAGCAGCAGAAUGAUCGCAAACCCCCAAUGCCGCUCCGUCUGCUGCGCCCUGAGCCUCCAACACCGCCUCCCGCCACCCUCCUACCCCUCUCCACCAAUCCCAGUCCUCCUCAGCCACCUCUGCCCGCCCCCCUUUCAAACCCUGCCCCGUCCAUUCCCAUCUCCUCCCUGACGCCCUCCCUGCCCCUCUCACCUCCUCCCUCCGUUGUCAACUCCAGCGAGAUCCUGGUGGAGCUGGAGCGAAACAACAACUCGGCCAACACCAGGCGGAAGGGCGAGCAGUCGGGGGGCGACAGCGAACCCAACCUCAUCGACUGUCUGCUGGUCAGCCCGGCCGUCAACACUCUGUCCAUCCAGCUGCCAGCGCAGGCCGACCGAGUGCUGGGCUGCUUCGCUCUCAUCCUCAAGAUGCUAUCGGGCUACGAUGACUGGAGACCUGCUCUUGCCAGCCUGUUGCAGCCCAUCCCCUUCCCUAAAGAGGCCCUUGCACAUGCCAAAUUCACAAAGGAACUGAAAUAUGUUAUUCAGAGGUUUGCUGAGGACCCGAGGCAGGAGGUCCAUUCCUGCCUACUCAGUGUGCGUUCAGGUAAAGAUGGCUGGUUCCAGCUCUACAGUCCAGGAGGCGUGGCCUGUGAUGACGAUGGCGAGCUGUUUGCCAGUAUGGUUCAUAUCUUGAUGGGCUCCUGCUAUAAGACCAAGAAGUUCCUGCUCUCUCUGGCUGAAAACAAGCUGGGUCCCUGCAUGCUGCUGGCCCUACGCGGAAACCAGACCAUGGUGGAGAUCCUGUGUCUGAUGCUGGAGUAUAACAUCAUUGAGAACAAAGACACCCAGCUGCAGAUCAUCUCCACCCUGGAGAGCACCCAGGUGGGCCUCCGCAUGUACGAGCAGCUCUGCGACCGACAGAGAGAGCUCAAAGAACUGCAACGGAAAGGAGGCCCCACCCGGCUGACUCUGCCUUCAAAGUCCACGGAUGCAGACCUUGCCCGCCUGUUGAGUUCAGGUUCUUUUGGGAACUUGGAGAACCUGAGCCUGGCCUUCACCAAUGUCACCAGUGCCUGUGCCGAGCAGCUCAUCAAGCUGCCUUCACUCAAACAGCUCAACCUCUGGUCCACACAGUUUGGGGAUGCAGGGUUAAGGUUGUUAUCCGAGCAUCUGGCCUGUCUUCAGGUUCUGAACCUGUGUGAGACUCCCGUCACUGAUGCUGGUCUGCUGGCUCUCAGUUCCAUGAAGAGUCUGUGCAGUCUGAACAUGAACAGCACCAAGCUCACAGCUGACACAUACGAGGACCUCAAGGCCAAACUGCCCAACCUGAAAGACGUGGAUGUUCGGUACACAGAGGCCUGGUGAUCAACCACGCUCAACCACAACCCUCACACAUAACCACACACACACACACACACACACACACACACACACAUAUACAUAUACACACACUUCACACAGGCUGAGAUACAUUACAUAACAAUUGUGUUGUGAUGUCACCUCCAUCGCCGCCCAUCAUUAGACCAGGAACGCUGACAUCAUCCCAGCGCGAGGAUCACCUAACAAGAACAUCUCUGACACGUUUGCGUCAGAGGAGGAGCCUUCAUCAUCCUCAUCAUCAUCAUCACCAGGAAGCAACCGUCUCGCCAGCAUCACUUUUUUUGUUUUCUAAAUGAGAAAUCUUUCUGGACCUCGCCGCUCCCCUUACCCUCUGUCACCAAUGUUCCAAGAACCGUAUGAUCAGAGGACAUGCAAGGAGCCGUUACAUUAGACAUAAGGGACACUUUUCUCUGUCUUUCUUCAUCUUUUGCCCUGUCUUUCAUAUAUGGUCCCUCAGUUUUCAGAUUCGGUCUAAAGUCCAGCUCUCCGGCCCGCCUCUGUGUGUCUGUGUCGUGAGGAAGAACCUGAGCCUUCGUCUCUUUUUCUCUCUCCAGCCCUUGUGCGAUUGAAGGCUGGACACAGCAGCUCACAUUCCAGUUCUUCUCCAACCUGAUCCCCGAUGUAGCUCUCCAAAACAGACGUGUUGAACUGUUGAAUUUCCUCAGUCCUCGCUCACGAAUCGCACACUUUGGCUUCGGUUUUCAUGUUCCAAUUCUGGUCUCUUCAAGUCUUUCAUUUGGGAAAAUGAGGUGCUACCUCUGAGAAAAGAAGAGUUGCAAGACUGUGCCUAUUCCACUUACAUGACACAUUCUCUCUCUCACACACACACACACACACACACACACACAAAAAGGAAGAAAACAAAAAAAAUGGUUUUUAUCAACUUGAAUGAACAUAUUUUUUCAGACAUCUGUGCUUUCAUAUAUUGUGUGUUUCUAAAUAAAAACAUAUGUAUGAAGAUAACCCCCAGUGAUGACAUUUCAGAAACAUUUCGGGAACUCUGCAGGAAAGUUAAACGGCGAUGGGAACAUUUGUUUCCUUUUUCAUUCGUUUCAGCGUACAUACUGAGGAUCUCCCAUUACUAUUUAAUAAGACAGUUGUGUAGCAGUAGCUGGGUGGUCUGGGACUGCCUAAUAUUUAUAAUUUGUGUCUUUAAAAACCUCCUUUACUCUUGUCUCUCCUGGAUUAUGUCCUGACAGUCAUGAAGUACACAAGCCCUGUUGUCUUAUUUUUUUUUGUAUUACUAUUAUUAUUUUUUUUUUUUGCAAAAUACAACACAAGAAGCCAACUAAGAGGGCAGCCAUACAUGGAUCUCUGUGCACCAUGCCAUGGUGGUAACGUAGACCUGUAUAGUGGACUGCAGUCCUUCUGAAGGUGGACCUGUAAACAAGACCCAUCACCAGCUGAGAGUUGUAUAUUUUCAUAUCCUCCGCUAUUUUUGGCUCUUUUUGAGACGGUUUCUGAGAAGAAGAAAGGACACAUGCCAAACAUUGUCAUCGAAUUUAGUUUUUUAGUUUUGUGCGCACUUGUUUCUUCAGGCCAACCCGAGUGUGGUUUCAGUACUGCUUGGUGUAUCAAGUGGAACCUGUCAGGACCUGCCUGUGGACACUGACCCCUGCUGAGGUCAGGGUAAAGAGUCUCAGUGCCUCUAGUGGAGCUGUGGAUGAGUUGCCUAUUGUUAUCUGUCACACCGCCUGUUUUUGAAUUGUUCUGCUGUAUUUAUAUUACGCCAUAAUACAUGGGGGACAUUUUUAGGCUGUUGGGAUGAAUCAUUCUCAUCACAGGAUGGGACUAAAUUAUUGUACAUAUUCUCUCACAAUGGGCUAUAAGGGACAAAAGAUUGGAAAAAGGGCCCCUUUCUGCCAUAUUUGCCCCAUCUACAUUCCCUUAAAAUGUUGCCAUGUAUUGUGGUAACUGUCCAGAUCUCUUUUUCCUCUCUGUCUAGCUCUGGGUUUGGGUUGGUUUUUCUUGGCCCUAGAAAAAAACACAAGACAAGUCAGAUUUCCACCCUUUUUUUUCCCCCAGUCGGCCUCUCUCUGACUGCAUCCAUCCAUUUUAUUUAUUUGUGUCGACCUGCAGAAUGCUUGGGAUGUUUGUUGUAUGCAGGCAGAAGCUGCAGCAGAGGACAGGAUGCCGUCCACUAUAAGAUGCUUUGUUUCCUAUUUAUUGGGUACCCUGACGGUUUGGCCUGUAGACUCGGUCUGUGUACGGCCGUCUUUGGGCCUGGCUUUAGGACCUCAUGCUCUCGUUCAUAUCCUGUAUGAUGUAUAUACGAGUGUAUAUAGUCGUCUUCUCCCUUCUUCUCUUUGAACCAUUUUUGUCUUCUUCAUCCUUUUCUCCGUUUCUCUCGGCCUCCCUUAUUGGCAGGCUGGUGUUGCCUUCAUCUUAUGUAUGUGUGGUUGUUGUUUUUUUUCACACAAAGUGCACUGUAAUCUAACAAAUCCUGUUUUCAUAAUAUCUUUCAAUUUUCCGACAUCUUUUGAUUUGAUCACUUUAAUCAUACGUUUGUUUUGUUUAAUUUUUUUGCAUGUACAUGUUGCUGCCUCAUCUGGUAUUUUUAUUUUGUAAUUUUGUUUUAUAAAAGGUUUGAAAUAUGAUAAAGGGUCUGAUCACUAUCUCAAUGAGGUUAAGGACUGAAAUGGAGAGAUCCCAUCUAAAGAUUUUCUGAUUGGUUGUUGCCAGGAUCUACCCAUAUGUCCUGACGGAUCCUAUUGGUCGAUAUUGAUUUUCCAAAAAAGCCAAUACCAAUACUGGUACUGUUGGACUGAUGCUACUCCUAGUUGAAAUUUAAUCAUUUAAGUUUGUCUAUUGUCAUGUAUAAAAUAAUACUCCUGCCAGGUAAUCAUAUCCCAGGUGGACCACACUGACUGACCAUUAUCAAAUCAGCCAACUGAGAAUUCAGUUGUAACUUUACUGUAGUUUUUGUUUUAACCCUAAUGUAUUCUAAGUCUGAAUGUUUUAAAAGAAUAGUUUGACAUUUAGAAAAAUAGGCUUACUGGCUUUUUGGAUGAAAGACUGAUGAGAUUUAUAAUGUCAUGUCCAUAUCCAUUUAAUAUGAAGCUACAGUCAGCAUCCGCUUAGCUUAGUAGAAAGACUGGAAACUGUCCCAAGCUAACAAAAUCCUACCCGCAUCUCUAAAACUUCCAUAUUAUAUCUUGUUUUGUUUAACAAAAACAAAGUGAAAAAAUCGUCUCUGCUCGUCAUAGUGAUGACGACUCCAGGAAGUCAAGGAAUAGCCCCGAAUCCAACAACGUGUUGUUUGUUUUAGUGAGAUUUAGAGGUGCUGGUAAGGUUACCUUCCAACUAGUCUAUAUCAUUCACGUUUCAUUCACGUGAUAGCUCCGGUUCCGCUGGAUGUCCCACACCUAACAACCCAACCCUAACCCUAACCCUCGGUCUUUGUGUUGGCGUUCUAAACUCCGAUCGAUUCGAGCUACAACCGACAACCUCUUGCUUUGGCUGCAUCCGGUGCUUAGCGCCGCCCGAGAGGAUUGGGAUUGGUUUAUAGGGGUGGGAAUCACCAGAGGCCUCACGAGACGUUAUCAUCACGAUACCUAUGUCACGAGACGAUAGUAUUGCGAUUUUAAACAUAUUGCAAUAUUCUGCGAUAUAGUUUGCAAUGUAAUACCGUUUUUCCAACUUCAAAUUUUUCCCAAUUUCAAAUUAUGUCCCCAAAAGGUAACUUUGUUAAUAUCCGCUUCAUCUAAAAAGAUACAUUUCUCUGUUUCUUCAUCUCCCUUCAAGUUUAUUGCUGCAAAAUGGGAUUGUCAAGCAGACAAGCUGACCAACACAUAUAGAUAUGUAUAUGUAUAAUAGAUCCAUGUUUGGCGUCUGUGUAGCGAUACAGUAUUGCCAAGGAAAAUAUUGCGAUAUUAUGCUGUAUUGAUUUUAUUCCCCCACCCCUAUUGGUUUAAAGAAAUGCCAAUAAACCAGAUCACGUUUUUCUCCCAUCCCAGAAUGCUGUGUGGACUAGCCAGACCCUCCUCCGCAGGGCUGUGGAGGAAGGUUUGGCAAUGCAAGACUACUUUCUGACAAAGACAGGCUAGCUGGUUCCCUGUUUCCAGUCUUAAUGCUAAGAUAAGCUAACUCGCUGCUGGCAUUAAUCUUCUCAUCCAACUUGGCAUGAAAGCAAACUUUUCCUUCAAAGAAGUGGCCAGUCUUGUCACUGAACUCGUCCCACAGGUUUUUGGCCAUGAUGAGCUGCCGCUAGUCCAAACUGGGAGCCUGGGGGCCAUCAUGUUGAGGUUAUCAUGGAAGGUUUUUGUAUUACUGUAGAACAUGUAACGGUUGAAUAGAAGCACCUCUUCUGUUCUGCCGUGUCUCCGUAUCCUGUGGAGCUCACUGUGCUUUGCUUUCUGUUUCCCAUCUUGAUUCCUCCCUCCUGUCCAUUAGCUCUCUGAUAUCUCUGUUAUUAUUAAGAGUUUCUACCGUGUCCAAGAUGUGUACAGCUGUGCUCGAGUCUUAACAGAAGGAACGGGGUCAGAUGUGACACAGACUGACAAAUCUGACAGACUGAAAAAAAAACUCUAUUUCCCAUAAUUCCUUGUAGUAAAAACAUUUUUUGGCAGCUGGGAAAGGGCCCCCCAUCAUGUUUCUCUCUCUUUUCAGUCUUUCUCCGCAUUGAUCUGCUUCUCCUGCUGGGUCAUUAUUAUUAUUAUUAUUAUUAUUAUUAUUAUUGCUGCUGCUGCUGCUAUGUGGCUGUUGUAAUAAAAAUACAAAAGAUCUUCAACAGGAAAAAUAACAACUAUGAUGUGAAAUAAUUUCAAUCAAAAAUAAAUUGUCUGUGAAUAUGUU